CAGCAACUGAGAAGCUCCAGUGCGAAUGUGCAGUUCCCACUGUACUGCAAACCAGGCCGUUUGAAAGUGCGAUAUCUCAAUGUGGGCGGAGGAUUCUUCAAGACCAAUGGUUUCUCCUACCAUGGCAAAGUGCUGCGGACCUUUGAUGUCCAGUUUGUAACAGAACAAGAUGGAAAUGGAGAUAUUGUGGCCCUGUUUAAUGGCGCAAUACUCAAAUGUGAUGGAUGGGCUGCACUCAAAAGAAAGAUAUGUAGAAUACCGAGAAAUUUGAGCCCCUGGUCAGGGAUCAUAAAAGUGAAGAUAGGACGCCAUCCGGGCACCAGAUUCCAGAUGUCUGGCACACCAGGUAAAAUUGCACCAGUUAUAAAACUCUUAACUGAGAACGUUCAUCAUGUUCAUCAACAUAAAAAUUACUAGAGAACCUGUCAAACCGGUUAAACACCCUAGAAAUAGCACGUAACCUUAUGUUAAUGAGAGACAUAAGGCUAUGACGCCAUCGGCGUCAGUGUAAUUUCCCCGUCAAAGAGACGGUUGAUUUGGUUCCUACUAUACAACUAUGCUAUACUUCUUACCAUCACAUUUAGAGCUAUCCAUCGUCAUGCAACGAUUUACAUCUCUCCAGCAUACACUCCACUGACAUUUUAAAAUAAAAAAUUUGGUAAGCUAUCCAUCCGAGAAAAUUUGGUUUAUGAUCUAGCCUACGAACGACCGUCCGUACACCCACUGCAUGUAAGCCGAUGCCAAAUGUCAGGUUAUUUUGGCGGGAAAGCGUAUUGCCACCCGCGCUUUGUGAAGCAGACACAACUAAAGAGUCAAUAAAGACGAGAACGGAAAGCGGAAAAUGUUUCUGUAUCUGUGUUUUGUUUUGUUUUUUUAGUAUUAAGCUUAGAUCAGAUUAAUUGUCAUGUCCACAAAUUUGGAAUAUAGAGAAAGGGAAAGACAGAGACAAAGAGAAAUUAGGGCGACGGGCCAGCCAGGCUCAACGAGGAAAGGAGCUAGAGCGAGAGAGAAAAAACAAAAGGAGACAUUUUCUGUUGGAGGUGAAACAAUAUGAAAUUUUGUAGGGGCGGGAUGCUAGCGGCCACCAGAGUGAAAAUGAGCGACAGGGAAAAAAGAGUGAACAAGAACACGUCCGACAUUCCCUCCAUAAAACGUGUAACUAGGAAGUUUCUGGAUGUUUCACGUAACCGUCGUGCAAAACAACGGCAAAGAAAUGUACAAAAAAAGUGUGCUGCACUUGCAAAGUUGCUCUUUUGCUAAUUAGACCUAUUGUUUGUUUCUUUAACCGUUCUCGUUGCCUUCGCCGCUUAGCAUUAUACCAUUUUAUAUUUUGUUUGAGCAAACUAUAACAAUUAUUGAGAGCUUCGCUUUUAGCCCUAGCUAAAUCUAUUUACGCAAUAGAAAACGUUUUCCGUGUUUGCAUAGCCCGAUAUAAACACCGGGUAUAAACACAAGAGGGGUUGGGAGAAUUCUAGACAGUUAUGCAAACCCGAGACGAAGUCGAGGGUUUGCAUAACUGUCGAGAAUUCUCCCAAACCCUCGAUUGUUUAUAUCAGGCUAUGCAAAAAGGAAACACAGGAAAAAAGUUUUUUCCCGAGAAAAACGCAAAACUCUUUGUUAUGGUACUGAUUAAAAGAGAAAUUCUUACCAGUCGCAAAGUCGUGUACACGAAGGCUUGUACGCGUAAUCAGUUCUUGUUUUGCAAAAAGAUGCUUUCCAAAAUACGGAUUUUUCUCGCUUAUAAAAAUGUCAGCUUAAGCGAAAACAAAAUUGACACAGCUUGUUUGUAAGAAAUGUUCCAAGUUUUAGCCGACGAAGGAAUGGGUAAAUAAAGUAAACUUGUCGAGUUUUGAACUCAAAAGCUUUUUCAAAUUUGUGCUUGCGUGAUUAGCGCGAAAAGCAAAACAUCUUGACGUCACAACCAUGUUUACAUACUCUCAUGCAAACACUCCUCUCGGCCAAUCAGAGCGCGCGUACUAUCUUAGUUAUUUUAUAAAUACUACUUAUUAAUGCUUCUGUCUCAUAUCUUGUUGGUUUGUAUUUAUACAACAGUUUGUUUGAGAUCUGGUUUCACAGGAUAUAACUGUGACCAAGGUAAGGCUGCCAUAAAUUGCUAAGGCGUCAGUUCUUGAAUAUGUCAGUACUUGAGUGGUAGGUCCCGUGGAUUGCUCGUCUGCCUGGCAGCUUGACUCCACUAUCUCACGCGGUGAUUUUGAGUGAAAGCUUUUGAAGGAGUAAUAAGGCGUGAGACGGGGUGUGUUAGGCUACUUUCACACGGUACCGGUCGAAUUGGAAUUGGAACUGUCGAACCGUAAAAUUUCCAAGCAAAGCGAGCAAUAACACACAAUUUUCCUCUCUUUUUCCAGCUGAGUAACCACGCAGACAUGCAACCACGCCUUUGCCGUACAAAAAUUUAGCCGGUCACGGGGUUCAUACCUUGCCGUUCAAAUUUUCGAACGUACCGGUCAAAAAUUUCACGUCCAUUUUUGCGUUCCAAUUUUUGAACGGCUAGGCGUUCAAAUUUUCGUACAGUUAGCGUGGUUCCGUUUGAAAGACCGCCUUACCGUACGAAUUUUCGACCGGUACCUUACAAACGUAGCCUUAGUUCACCCCUUCUUGGAACCGUUUUGGUUAUGUCAAUGUUUCUAAUAAUGGUCACUGAAUAAUCGUCUGAUCUUGAGGCGGGAAGAACAACACUUUGUCAUGGAGGAAUAUCAAAUAACAUAUUUUUAAACAAGUUUGAAGUUUACUUUUCUCCUAAAGUUAGUAAUUCCAAGUCCGGGGGGGUAAUCCCCACAAUGGCCUUUACGGGGAAGCUCCACCCCAAAGCGGUACCAUUUCCAGGCUUCAGGUAUAUGAAAAGGUGGGGAACUCUGUCAUUUCGGUUGGUAAAAAGGCCCAAAAGGGCCUUGAAAAAAGUCUACAUAACGUUCUGGUUUGUAAUUUAUUCAUAUUUUAAAGACAAGGCAAUUACAGCAGUUAAGAGGGAUGCAAAGUUCUAAACUAGGAACGUAUGUCAAAGAGGUACCAUUUGCCAAUAGAGGGUAUACCAAAGGGAGACCUUUUUCUAUCAAAAAUGGUAUGUAAAAAGGUAAGGGGUUGGAUUUUGGGGUGGAGCGGCCUCCCCGUGUAAAACCUUGCUGAGUGCCCCCCUCCCCCCAGUUCCAAGUUGGCACGUUACUAAAACGGCUUGAAUUUCUGAGUAACUUAGCCUCAUUAGCAUGCUCUCAAAAGUGAGUGCAUUUGGACGUGCCUACGACUAGCUCCAAUAUGUGCUCUUCCAAAUGUGCCAAUAGAUACUUAUUCGAAGUGAGAAACAAACUGUAAGCAGCCUAUAAUUGUCUUCGUUAAGCAUUGUUCUUUGUUUUAGAUAUUAACGAAUGCGUAGUACAUAAAGACAAGGUUCUGUGUGCGUGUAAGGAGGGAUGUGUUAACACUUACGGUGGUUACAAAUGCAAAUGUCCACCGGGCUACAAGGUCUCCUCGCAGGACUUUCGUCUUUGUGAAAAAGGUAUUGGAGUGAUUACAUAUCAUCGCUCUUCCUGUCUUGUUUUCCCUUCGACAAAAAAAUUAUAAUAAAGAAGUUUACUUUGAAGAAACUGAAUUGCAGUAGAACUGAACCAUGCAUCGCCUGACUGACUUGAUUUUAUCAACUAACAAUUUCUGUGGUAAAACAGAAGGGGUAAAUCAUUCAGCUACUUGUAAUUUAUUAUUUUGCAGAUAUUCCACGGAUGUUAAGUAGUUCCAGCAAUGUUACAGUUUUGUUCCCUCAGACUGCAACAUUACCUUGUCGCCACAGUGCCUCUGGCCCAGUCACUGUCAGUUGGCGAAUAAACAACAGGAUUAUAGCCGUAAAAAGAACCGAUGGUAAGUUAAGCCUGGCAUGAAAUACCCUUUAAGUUUUCCUGUUAACUUCAGAAUAUUUAUAUCCAUUCAACUGUGUCUUCAUUCGUUAGUUCCAAGCUAUUUUAUAAAAUAUUUCACGUGUUUUUCUUACAUUUAUAACUGCACCGCAAAGCAAAGUAUUAAUCUAUCCUUACCAAAGUCAAACUGUGGGAGAAGGAACUGCUUAGUGGAGCGACUGAAAAUGUUCAUGCACUUCCGGUAAUUUAUUGUUAAACGUGUUACGGCAAGGAGACUUUCUGCCGCUAAGCAAGACAUUUUUUCAUAUCAGAACUUUUCAGUAACUUUCCUUAAUGCAAUUUGUAUUGUAUUUUUUGUUUUUUAACUUUCAACUUUAUUAACACUUCAAGUCUUAUUUACUUUACAAGUUAGGGGAAAUUAGGGGAAAUAGGAAUAGGCAGAAAUAAAUGGCUUUUUUCGGAAGUGUACGGUGGACAGAGGAGCAGAGCUUUCGCGCUGACCACCGCUUACAGGGAAUAUAAAAUAUAGACUAAGUGCUAUGGCUAGCUAGCGAAGGUUAGUAACUUAAGUAUGUUGCAUGUUAUUGUGAGUUUGAUAAAAAUGUUUUGUAAUAUUUGUUGAAUUGAAAAUAGCCAGGAGUCUUCAUGCUAGUGGGAAUCUCCUGCCAAAUUUUGGCUAUGGCAAACUUUAGUGUGUUUGCCAUAAUUAGUUGUUACAUUUGGCAUGUAAAAAUUAAGUUUGGAAGCAUACCUGUUUUUGUGUGGGUGAACAUCAGAUGCCAUUGUAAGGUAGUUUUGGAACACUUGGGAAAUAUUUGUUUUCAUUUGUGAGAUUUUGUGGGCAAGUGAGGAGAUUUUAAGCUUGAAUAUGUUGUCCAGGGUUAAAAGAUCCAGAAGUUUAAAAUAGGGUCGGGUGCACUACUUUGAUUCUCUUUGAUGGCUGAAAAAUAUAUUGCGUAAGCAUUUGUUUUGCAUUGUCCGAACUUUGGUAAACCUGCUAGGAUAUGUGUUACCCCAGCUCAUAAUUCCAUAGUGGAGGUAGGGGUAUAUAAGAGAGUAAUAAGUCUGCUUAAGGUUUUUCGAUACAGUUUUUCGGAGACCAGACCGAUGUUUUUCAAUCGUCUUAAAAGUGAUUUUGUCCUAGUCCGAUCGCUACAAACUUUUCACCAGUGAUUGACUAUGAAUUGAAGUUUGUCAAAAUGCAGUUUUUAGUAAAAUCGAUAUCACUAUGAUAACAAUAAGCAAAACACAUUGAACUCGAUAAAAUCUGAAUUUUGGGCGAUCUAGACCUGCUACUGAAAAUCCGACACCAGGAACUUAAAGUGUGGUGUUUAGCAAAUAACCUCCGUGAGAAGUGAAAAAUUCUGUUUGUUUGAAUUCAAAUAAAACGCAAGUUUUCUGUUGACUUUCGUUCAUUAACAGGUUCCAAGCAGGCCAUUAACCGUCGUCUGACAAUUGAUAACGGUGGAGACUUGAUGAUCCAUAACACUACGUUCAGAGACGCGGGAAGAUUUAUGUGCAUCGUACAAAACGUGCGCUUUUCCUCUGGGAUCAUACACAACUUGAGGAUCGAGUGUGAGUUUUGUUGCUAAAUUCGCGAGGAUCGAGGAAGAGUGGCCCGUAAAUAUUAAGGAUGAAAGGGCAGGAAGUAGAAUAAAUUGUGUAACUUGAGGGGGGGAGUUUCAACGGCGGCUCGAAAGUUGGAAACUGAGAUAUACUCUCUCUCUUUUUAUUCGAAUUUACAAUAAAGGAAACUGCAGAAGAAAUCUUGGAGUGCGAACUUUCAGCGCUCAUGGUAAUGGAAAAUUGGGACUUUCAAUUUGCAUCUGCGCUCUAGAAAUACGUCCAGCCUUACUAAAAACAACAAAAUGUUUCCCUGCAGCUAGAGACGCUUAGGUACACUGCCAAAAGGGGGAGAUCAUGAAGUCCAUGGAUUAAAGACUAUUAGAGAACGAAUGAGGCCAGUCAUUUGUGCAGAUCUUUUUACAUCACCAACAGACUCGCCUAAAAACUGUUGUGCGAGAUACUGAGUAUUUAAUGCUUAGGUUUGUUGUUUAAAGCUUCUACUAUUAAGUCCUAAGGAUGUGAAAAUUUUCAAGACUUCAAGAGAAAAUGACCUAUGUCAUAUAUAUUCGCCUCAAAGAAGCUGAAACUUUCAUCUCGCUAUUUGCUAAUAUGGCAACAAAAUUCAAUUGUUAAUAGACAUGUAAUCUGUAGCACCACUUUUUUCAACAAUAUAGCAAAACCAUUAAUGUUUUUGGUCAGCGGUAAACACACCACAAGUCACAUGUACCGUGCUGGGGAAGACCUUACCGUUGACUGUCAAGUUGUUGGGUUGCCAGUGCCGACUGUAACUUGGAGUCAUGGGCAGCAACUGAUUACACCAUCAGCGAGAAGAAAGGUAGUUCUUCGUAUGACAGCUGGAAUUUUGCUCUUAUACGAACACGAAAACAAAAAGGACCAAUCUUAUAAGGAUCAUUUAGAAUUCCGUUCACUCGAGCUACUAACAGUUCUUCGUUUUUACCGGCUUUUUCUAUGGCGAUUCAAUGAGAAGAUCAACUCCUCAACUGGUCCCCGUUACUUGGUCAUCUUAACAACUGAACUGUUUAAUGCAGACAACUCUCUAAAAUGUGUUUUACCAGAAAGUGAGGAGAUUGAAAAAUGCUGGAAAAAAAUGCGACGGUAUUCAUUCUGCCACUUACGACUUGUUUAAUUCACAAGCCCAUGGUUUCCUUUAGUUCGCCCCAAGUUCCUUAGCAGAUAACACCACAAGACGAAUACUUAGUGCGGCCCCACAACGUGUUCGUCUUGACCGAAUUGGCUGUACUCCCGGCUAACGAACUCUGUCGUGCCCAAUUAUGACAUAAAUAAUUUCUCUGUUGGUUUGUAUUUCAGGUAAUCCUUGGACCACUCCCCAAUGCUCCUGCGUUUUUGAAAGGCGCAUCUGUACAGCUACAACUUCGCAUCAAAGGAAUUCAGAGAGCAGACUCUGGAGUUUACAGUUGCAAGGCAGCAAACCGUCACGGCGUUACCAUCAAAACCAUCACACUGAGUGUCUAG